AUGUCAAACUUCGAUCCUAACGCAAUCCUUCGGGGAGUGCAACUUACGUUUGUUGGCGCACACCGUGCUCUUCAAAACCCUCAUCUGUUCACCUCGGAUCAUUACAAGCAAGCUGCUAUAGCCGUUGCAGUCGGCAUCGCUAUUCGAGUGCUUAUUGUUGUGCCGACCACCGUGUUGACGCUUCUUCUAGAGGCUAUAGCUCUUGUCACCCGGGAACAAGGCGCAAAAUGGGUUCACGAGAUCGUAGAGGGCCUCGAUUUUGUGGAAGAUUCGGUGCUCCAACUACCAUUCUUUCUCAUGUCUUUAAUGCGUUACGUGACACCUACGUUGGACCAGCUGUUCAUGGACUCGCUGCAAUGGGUAGAUGAGACCUAUUUUGCGAAGCAUCAGGGCGAGGACCCGGAAAAGUUACGGGCUAUGUACUGGCAGAACAUGCGGAUGUACCCAACGCAUGGAGCAACGAGGACGCAGAAAGAGCAUCGCAAAGCCAAUAGUCCCAUGGAUGGUGUAAUCGCCUUCAUGAUCCGAUAUGCUCGUAGGACCGGAACUUCUCUGGCUAUCUACGCGCUGUCUCACCUGCCCUAUAUCGGCAGGUUCGUAUUACCAGCGGCCAGUUUCUACACGUUCAACAAGGCUGUUGGACCCAAGCCGGCGGUCGUUAUAUUUGGGAGCGCCUUUCUCCUUCCUCGACGCUACCUAGUGGUCUUCUUGCAGACUUACUUCUCUUCGCGAAGUCUGAUGAGGGAGCUCCUCGAACCAUACUUCGCUCGGAUUCGCUUCAACAAGGACCAAAAGCGGCGCUGGUUCAGAGAUCGAGAAGGUGUGCUCUUCGGGUUCGCCGUGGGCUUCUUCAUGCUCAUAAAGAUUCCACUGCUUGGAGUCCUCUUUUACGGCAUCGCUGAGGCUGCGACUGCGUACCUCAUCACCAAGAUCACCGAACCUCCUCCACCUCCUCCGCAACCCGAAGACUACGCGGACAAGCACGUCCGCUGGAAGAACAAGCAUGAGUUUCUGGCCUUACCGUUCGCGAACCUCGACGCACUAAACACCAGAGCGUCUUCGAGGGCACAAGACCCACUUGUAGCGCAAGUUCCGGAUAAGAAGGAGCUUUAG